UACCAUAAUCUCUGACAUUUAAAGUGUCAAAUGUAUAAUUGGAAUUUCAAAUGAAACAAAACCAGUUGGUCCAAAUCGAUUUCCAAUGGUUAUUUAUAUAGUCGGCAGCCAUUGCUAUCACCUUCGCAGCUGCUCAUAACUCCAAUUCGUAUCAAAGCGACCACCGAAAACCUAGCUGCUACUGCUAUUUCUCCCUCACCGGCGGCUUCUCUCCCCUUGUUUAGCCAUCUGCUGCAGCGGCAAACGAGACAAUUGAAAUUACAAGUUCAUGGCUUUCUUCCGGGCAUUCUUGAACAGUCCUGUUGGCCCUAAAACAACUCACUUCUGGGGACCUAUGGCCAAUUGGGGAUUUGUCAUUGCUGGAAUGAUGGAUUCAAGGAAGCCCGCAGAUGCAAUAUCCGGGAAUAUGACUGCAGUAUUAUGUGUGUAUUCCUUAUUGUGUAUGAGAUUUGCAUGGAUGGUACAUCCUCGCAAUCAUCUGCUUCUGGCUUUCCAUGUUUCAAAUGAGUCAGUGCAGCUCUAUCAACUUUCCCGUUGGCUAAAGCAUCAGCGGUACUUGCCGCCGAAGGAAGACAAUGUUUCUUAAUGACUUAAGUUCCUUCGUUUUCAUUCCCCGAUAAGUUGACGACCAAAAGAGAGCAAAAGUUGUUUCAUUCCGCUUGUACUAAAACAAUUUGUAUUUUUACACUAAAUUAUAUAUAUAUAUAUAUAUAUGCAAGGUGCCAAAUUAUUGCAUGUUAUCUUAUUCCUUCGAUAAUAGAGUUAGCUAUCUUUGUGGUAAUCUACAAAGUUGUGAAGAGAACCGAACAGAUGGAACGAGGGAAGCAGCUCAUUGACAACAGCUAGCUCCAUAGUCUUCUGCUCAUAAUCCUAAUAACUUAUCUGACAUUAUUGGAGCACCAGAAUGGAGUGGUGAAGGAAAAUCACAUUAUUCUUGUACUAACCAUUCAACUACUGUUAGCAUGAGAUAAAGUUCAAUAUUACUAUAUAUUUGCAACUAUCA